CCCCACUCUCCACUUCAACACAUGUAGCAUCGCGCUGCUCCAGCUCCGCGCGACAUCCCGCCCUUCGCUGUCCUUCACCAUGGCAUACCUCGCCCCAAUUCACCGACCCAGCAGCGUCAGGCAUGCCAUCAAGCUUAGCUUUCUGGCGCCUGACGACGAGUGUCUGAUAGUCGCCAAAGCCAAUCGCCUUGAGAUUUACCAGCAGACCGAUGACGGCCUUUCGUUGCACGCUUCCAAAGCCCUCCAUGGCAAGGUCUCCAUGCUCAACAAGCUUCGCCCCGCCGGCUCGUCCACCGACCACUUGUUCGUGGGUACCGACCAGCAAACAUUCUUCACAUUAUCUUGGGAUGCCGAGGCUAGGCAGCUGCGGACUGAGAAGAGCUUCGUGGAUCUCGCAGACCAAGCAUCACGAGACUCCCAGACUGGAGACAGAUGCCUGGUCGAUCCGACUGGCAGAUUUAUGGCACUGGAGCUGUACGAAGGCAUUACGCAUAUCAUCCCGCUGACGGGAAAGGGCAAGAGGAGGGGUCAUGCUGAAAUUAGCGUACUGGGCGAGCCGGUACCAUGCAGGAUACCUGAGAUGUCCGUACGAUCGUCAGCUUUCUUGCAUCGCAAAACUCCGGACACGGAUAAACCUCUAUUAGCGCUGCUGCAUGAUAACACCGAAUCGGAUCAGACGAUACUGACCCUGCGCCAGUUGACCUUUCAACAUGGAGCCUCCGGAGAGCAGGGGACUGCGGAGCUUGAAACCGUAGAGGGACCGGCAGAGGUUAAGGAAAUGCGGGACUGGGCUCCCAGUCAUCUGAUACCGAUCGCAGAGCCAUCCUUUGGUCUUCUGGUCCUGGGCGAGACGCGCAUUGCGUACUUAAACGACCAGGCCAACCAAUUCAUGGAAGAGAACUUAGAGGAGGCUACCAUCUUCGUUGCGUGGGAACAAAUCGACAAUCAGCGUUUUGUACUAGCAGAUGAGUAUGGGAGACUGUUCCUCCUCAUGCUGCUUUUGAAGAACGACAACUCCGUUGCAGGCUGGAAUUUGGACGUCAUCGGCCAGACCUCGAAAGCUACGGUGCUGGUCUACUUGGAUGCAGGAUAUGUCUACGUCGGCUCCCACGAAGGCGACUCCCAAGUUCUCAGGAUUGCCGAGAAAUCCAUCGAGGUAGUCCAGACGUUCUCGAACAUUGCCCCAAUCCUCGAUUUUACCAUAAUGGACAUGGGCAACAGAUCCGGUGAAGGUCAAGGCAACGAGUAUUCCUCAGGCCAAGCACGGAUCGUAACCGGCAGUGGCGCAUACCAGGAUGGUAGCCUCCGCAGUGUACGGAGUGGCGUUGGACUAGAGGAUCAAGGAGCUCUUGGCGAGAUUGGCAACAUCUCCACCAUCUUCAGCCUCAAAUCAACAUCUGCGAGCGAGUACGAUGAUACUUUGCUUGUUUCGCUGAUUGAGGAAUCCCGCGUCUUCUGCUUUGAUUCCGAGGGGCAAGUAGAAGAAGUCGACGACUUCAAAGGUUUACUGUUGUCCGAAGCUACGUUAUUAGCGAGCAACCUCCCCGGAGGACGGUUGCUCCAAAUCACCCACUCAUCUGUGCGAUUGACCGACCUAGAAAAUGGCAUGGUCAUCUCAGAAUGGCACGCACCAGCUGGUCGAUUUAUCACAGAUGUUGACGCCAAUGACCGAUAUGCUUUCAUUUCCCUCGAGGGCAUUCAAGCAAUUAUUCUCUCUAUAACGGACACCGUCCAGGUGCACACAGAAAAGGAAGUCGGCGCGAAGAGUCAAGUCUCCUGCGUGGCUAUCCCAAAGAACAUAGAAGGGAUAUGCAUUGUAGGAUUCUUCCAGACAUGUGAAGUCUCCAUUCUCAACGUGGAUGACUUGAGCCCUGUGCAAACGAUACAGUUGGCCACCGACGGGUCGUCUAUACCACGGUCGUUGUUGCUGACCAACAUCUUCGAAGGCCAGCCGGCAACACUAUUCGUCGCCACUGGUGACGGAAAUGUUGUCACACUCUCUGUUGACCCAUCUACUUACGCAUUGUCAGGGAAGAAGAGCACUGUUUUGGGAACGCAGCAAGCAAGCUUCAGAGCGCUGCCCAGAGGCGGCGGUCUGUACAAUGUCUUUGCAACUUGCGAACACCCUAGCUUAAUCUACGGCUCCGAAGGCCGUCUCGUAUACUCCGCGGUAACAGCGGAGAAAGCUUCCUGCGUUUGCCCCUUCGACGCGGAAGCCUUCCCUGGUUCCAUCGCCAUCGCCUCCUCUGGAGAGCUGCAUCUAGCUAUGGUGGAUACCGAGAGAACCACACAUGUUCAGUCAUUGAUCGUCAAUGAGACGGUGCGGAGAAUUGCGUACUCUCCUGCACUUAAGGCUUUUGCUCUCGGCUGCAUAAAUCGUACCUUGAAAGAUGGCGAGGAACUUGUGCAGGGACACAUCAAGUUGGUCGACGAAAUUGCGUUCAAGGAGUUGCACACCGUUUCUCUCAAAGAAUACGAGCUUGUGGAGAGCAUCAUGCGGUGUGAGCUAGACAACGGCAGCGGAGGUUUGACGGAAUGCUUCGUCGUUGGCACUUCCUACCUAGAAGACGAAGAUAUGGAUAAUGCUGGGAACGCUCGCGGUCGUAUCAUCGUAUUCGAAGUCACUGGCGAUCGCACUUUCAAGGUCGUUGCUGAACUUGCAGUCAAGGGCGCCUGCAGAUGUUUGGCUAUGAUGGAGGGUAGGAUUGUCGCUGCUCUCUACAAGACGGUCGUGGUUUACUCUUUCGAUUACGGAUCGGGCAGCACUCCCGGUCUGACCAAGAAAACCAGUUACCGUACGGCUACGGCACCUGCGGACAUGACUGUUAGUGGCAAUCAAAUCAUCGUCGGCGACAUGAUGAAAUCGAUUUGCAUCCUUGAGUACAAGCCAGACUCGACUGGACUCUCUGGCCAACCUGAUCAUCUCAACGAAGUGGCUCGCCACUACGCAGUAAGCUGGACCACUGCUGUUGCCGAGGUGGACGACAACACAUAUCUGGAGGCCGACUCAGAAGGCAACUUGACGGUCUUGUACCGCGAAAUGAGUGGAGUCACGGAAGAGGACAGGAGACGACUGGUGCCUACAAGCGAGAUUUGUCUGGGUGAACUGGUCAACCGCAUCCGGCGCAUAGAUGUCAUGACGGCUCCCGACGCAGCUGUCAUUCCGAGAGCCUUCCUCGCCACCGUUGAGGGUUCCAUCUACCUCGUCGCGCUCAUUGCAGAGGGCAAGCGGAAUUUACUCAUGAAUCUGCAGGCCAAGCUGGCCGAGUUCCUUCAGAGCCCUGGGAACAUGCCUUUCAACAAGUACCGAGCCUACAGGACCGAAGUUCGCAAGGCCGACGAACCGAUGCGGUUUGUCGAUGGCGAAAUCGUCGAGCGCUUUUUGGAUUGCCCGCCUGAUGUGCAGGAACAAGUGGUGCAGGGUCUGGAUGUCGACGUGGAGGAUGUGCGGGCCAUGGUCGAGGCUUUGAGAAGGUUGCAUUAGGCUGCCAUGGCGACGGCGAACAUCGUCAGGCAUGAAGUCAAUGUGUCAAUCCUCGUGACGUGAAGUUUCAGAACGAUGGGGGUUGGGGGCCAAGGUAGAGAUUCUCAGCGCGCAACGCCGGACGCGAGUAAUGAAAUGGGCGACUUGUUGACCAACACGACUCGGGUCUAUUUGAGUAGACAGUACUGUAAGGGGGGAUGAAAGGUGACGACGCAGGCUGUAUCGUGGAUUUUCUGCGAAAUUGUUUGAGGCUUGAAAGGGAGGUGCGAGCCAUGGACGCGUGUGAAAGGCUUGAGUGGCUGGGCACCUUGGCGCAGGUUAGGCGCACCAGGGACCAUUCAGAGGUAGGGCGGUGAGGAUGAAGUGGUCUGGAGAUGCGUCUCCUAAAUCAUGGCGUUUUUUAUAGGGCGCUGAGGCUACAAUGGAGAAACAGCCAUGGCGGACGGUGG